AUGUCUACCAAACAACUUGAAACCAUCUCAGGCCUAUCUGAGCGUGCACAAGCAUGCGCCAGACCAGACGAGAAUAGGAGCCCCAUCUGGGACAUUUACAACAACCAAUGGCAUCCUCGAGAUAACCCUGAUGGCUAUAUCAGCAUCGGUGUUGCAGAGAACACUCUUAUGCAGAACGAACUCUGCGACUUCAUCAAUUCCACCACCAAGGUGACCGGAGACGCCUUCACCUACGGCGACGGUCCGACAGGCGGCAAGCGGCUGAGAAAGGCCGUUGCAAGAUUCCUCAACAGGAAACUCGAUCCUGCCGUCGCCCUAGAUUUCGAACAUGUCGUCGUCACGAAUGGAGUUUCUCAUGCCAUUGAGCACACUUCGUGGGCGUUUUGCAACCCAGGCGACGGCUAUCUCCUGGGCCAUCCUUACUACGGCGCCUUUAUCGCAGAUCUGAAUCUCAGACCAAAUGUCGAGGUCGUCAAGGUGGCCUUCCAAGAUGUCGACCCCAUGGGCCUUGCAGGAGUGGCCAACUACGAAAAGGCCAUAUUAUCAGCAACGCAGAGAGGAGUUACAGUCAAAGCCCUCAUGCUCUGCUCGCCCCACAAUCCCCUGGGUAGGUGUUAUUCCCGGGAAACCAUCAUCGAAUACCUGCGGCUUUGCCAGAAAUACCAAAUUCAUUUUGUGUCCGACGAAAUCUACGCCUUUUCCGUCUGGAAGAACAAGCAUGACGCAAACCCACCACCCGUAGAGUUCACCUCGGUGUUGUCUAUCGCCCUGGACGGCAUUAUCGAGCCUUCACUCGUUCACGUCUUGUACGGCAUGAGCAAGGACUUCGGCGCAAAUGGACUGCGUCUUGGGUACAUCAUCUCUCAGCACAACCCAGCCUUUCUCAAGUCUUUGGUUGAGGUCUGUAUCUAUUCUUACUCGUCCUCGGUCGCGGAGAUCAUCGCCGCCAACGUCCUGGAAGAUGACGAAUGGGUGGAUCGCUUCAUCGAGACAAAUCAAGCCAGGCUAUCCGAGAAUCACAGUUUCGUGGUGCAAUUCCUCAACAAGCAUGACAUCCCCUAUUUUCCAGGCUCGAACGCUGCGUUCUUCCUCUGGGCGAAUCUCGGCCAGGCGUAUUCACGAAGAAAAGACGUGCAUAAACAUGAAACGGGUGAAGACAUCACGAAAACAAUCAUGGGUCUUCUGUUGCAGAACAAGGUGUUCCUCGCCAGCGGAGCCAACUUUGGCGCCGAGCUCCCCGGUGUUUUCAGGAUCGUCUUCAGCCGGCCAAAGCCCUAUCUUGAGGAGGCCUUGAAACGGGUCGUCGAAGCGCUUGGCCUGGACGCGGUUUCGGAGGCCGUCCAGAAGAUGGAGAAGCUUGAAUUGAAAACGACUCCAUUGUGA